AUGUUAGUACAAGAAGCGGGUGUACUGACGCCGUUGCGCACACGCCGCGCCAUGGCGAGCGACUCCCCCGCGAGGAGUCUGGACGAGAUCGACCUGUCUGCUCUCAGGGACCCGGCGGGAAUCUUUGAGCUGGUAGAACUGGUCGGUAACGGAACCUACGGCCAAGUUUACAAGGGUCGCCAUGUCAAGACCGGCCAGCUGGCGGCCAUCAAGGUCAUGGAUGUCACGGGAGAUGAGGAGGAGGAGAUUAAAGCGGAGAUCAACAUGCUGAAGAAGUACAGCCACCACAGGAACAUCGCCACCUACUACGGCGCCUUCAUCAAAAAGAAUCCUCCCGGCAUGGACGACCAUCUGUGGCUGGUGAUGGAGUUCUGCGGCGCCGGCUCGGUGACGGAUCUCAUCAAGAACACCAAAGGCAAUUCCCUGAAAGAGGAGUGGAUCGCCUACGUGUGCAGGGAGAUCCUGAGGGGUCUCACUCACCUUCACCAGCACAAGGUCAUCCACCGCGACAUCAAAGGUCAAAACGUGCUCCUGACCGAGAACGCCGAAGUCAAGCUAGUGGACUUUGGCGUCAGCGCUCAGCUGGAUCGCACGGUGGGCCGACGGAACACCUUCAUCGGGACUCCUUACUGGAUGGCGCCGGAGGUCAUCGCCUGUGACGAGAACCCGGACGCUACCUAUGACUUUAAGAGCGAUUUGUGGUCGCUGGGUAUCACGGCCAUCGAGAUGGCCGAGGGAGCGCCGCCUUUGUGCGACAUGCAUCCCAUGAGAGCGCUCUUCCUCAUUCCCCGAAAUCCCGCCCCCAGACUCAAGUCAAAGAAGUGGUCCAAGAAGUUCCAGUCGUUCAUCGAGAGCUGCCUGGUGAAGAGUCACGGGCAGCGGCCGAGCACGGAGCAGCUGCUCAAGCACCCCUUCAUCCGCGAGCUGCCCAACGAGCGGCAGGUGCGCAUCCAGCUCAAAGACCACAUCGACCGCACCAAGAAGCGCCGCGGGGAGAGAGAUGAGACCGAGUACGAGUACAGCGGCAGCGAAGAGGAAGACGAAGAGCGGGACGUCGGGGAGCCCAGCUCCAUCAUCAACAUCCCGGGCGAGUCGACGCUGAGGCGGGACUUCCUGCGCUUGCAGCUGGCCAAUAAGGAGCGCUCGGAGCUGAUUCGCCGGCAGCAGUUGGAGCAGCAGCAGAACGAGGAGCAUAAGCGCCAACUGCUGGCCGAGCGGCAGAAGCGCAUCGAGGAGCAGAAGGAGCAGCGCCGACGCCUGGAGGAGCAACAACGUCGCGAGCGCGAAAUGCGCAAGCAGCAGGAGCGAGAGCAGAGGAGGCGGUACGAGGAGAUGGAACAGAUUCGCCGAGAGGAGGAGAGGCGGCACGCCGAGAGGGAGCAGGAGUACAUCCGUAGACAACUGGAGGAGGAACAGAGGCAGCUGGAGAUCCUGCAGCAGCAGCUACUGCAGGAACAGGCCUUGCUGCUGGAGUACAAGCGGAAGCAAAUCGAGGAGCAGCGUCAGGCGGAGCGCCUGCAGAGGCAGCUGCAGCAGGAGCGAGCGUACCUGGUGUCGCUGCAGCAACAGCAGCAGCAGGAUCCCCAGCAGCCGCAGCAGCGCCCUCCGCAGGACAAGAAGCAACUGUACCACUACAAGGACCAGGCGCCCGGCGCCCUCAACGACAAGCCCGCCUGGGCCAAGGAGGUGAUGCGUCGUGCCCAGAGCAACUCCCCUCGCAUCCCCCUCAAGAAGUACCACUCCUUUAGGCACGCUCGAGACCCUCACCUGGACCCCCUCCUCUUACUGCCCGGCUAUAAGCCGGCUCGGCGCCGCCCGCCCUCCUACCCCGCCCACGUCAGCCCCUCCCGGGACCCGCUCCGUCUGCAGCCGCGCAUCCGGAUUACCUGCGCCCCGCCCGGGGUCGACCCUCGAGGCCGCAGUCCCGGCCGGCGGGUCAGUCAGCGCUCCAAAAUCAACAAGAAGUGUUCUCUCCCGUUACAGCACAAAGCGUCCAACCGGAUCUCGGACCCGUCGCUGCCCCCCCGCUCGGAGUCCUUCAGCAGCGGCGCCAUCCAGCAGGCCCGCACGCCGCCCACGCACCGGGCCGUGGAACCGCAGAUGGCGCACCUGGUGCAGGUGAAGAGCCCGGGCCUGUCGGGCUCUCAGUCGCUGUACGACCCGCACGGGGUGUCCGCCCCGUCGCCCUCGCGCCCCCCCGUGCCCCGGCAGAACUCGGACCCCACCUCCGACACCCCUCCUCCUCCCCUGCCUCUGGCGCGUCUGGCGCCCCCCCUCGACAAGCUGGACCGCAGCUCCUGGCUGCGGCAGGACGACGACGUGCCCCCCAAGGUCCCGCAGAGGACCACGUCCAUCUCGCCCGCUUUGGUUAGGAAGAACUCCCCGGGAAACGGUCCCGGCCUCCUGGGUCCCCGUUCCGGAGCGCACCUGAUCCGGGCCAGCAACCCCGACCUGCGGAGGAUGGACGUUUCCUCCGACGCGCCUCUGAAGAGGACGAGCAGCGGCAGCUCCUCCAGCUCCAGUACCCCCAGCUCGCAGGGGGGCUCCAACGAGCGAGCCAACGCGGCCGGGAACCCCGAAAGCUCGGCGCCGACGUCCGACGAGCCCAAAGACGACGGCAGGGACCCGUCUAGGCCCGGCCGGCCCGCGAGCUAUAAGAAAGCUCUGGACGAGGACCUGACAGCGUUGGCCAAAGAACUCCGAGAAUUGCGUCAGGGCGAAGAAAGCAGCCGUCCGCCCGUCAAGGUCACCGACUACUCUUCGUCCAGCGAGGAGUCGCACAGCAGCGAGGACGAGGAGGGAGACGGGGAGGGCGGCGCCAACGACGGAACCGUGGCCGUCAGCGACGUCCCGCGCAUCAUGCCGGCUGCCGGGCGAGGGGCGCGGGAGUCGCCGGGUGUGACGGGCGAACGCGACGACUCGCACGACGACAACUCUGGAGACGGCACCCUGAUGAUGCGCGAGGCCUCCUUCACGCCGUUCGUGGACCCGCGGGUGUACGGGACGUCCCCGACUGACGACGAUGACAACAUCUCCGCUUCAGCGCUGUUCGCCGACGAGCUGCUGAAGCAGGAGCAGGCGCGGCUGAACGAAGCCCGCAAGAUCUCGGUGGUCAACGUCAACCCCACCAACAUCCGACCGCACAGCGACACGCCCGAGAUCCGCAAGUACAAGAAGCGCUUCAACUCGGAGAUCCUGUGCGCCGCGCUCUGGGGGGUCAACCUCCUGGUGGGAACGGAGAACGGCCUGAUGUUGCUGGACCGCAGCGGGCAGGGCAAAGUUUACAACCUGAUCAACCGACGACGCUUCCAGCAGAUGGACGUCCUGGAAGGUCUCAACGUGCUGGUCACCAUCUCAGGCAAGAAGAACAAGCUGCGGGUCUACUACCUGUCCUGGUUGAGGAAUAGAAUCCUCCACAACGACCCCGAGGUGGAGAAGAAGCAGGGCUGGAUCACUGUGGGGGACCUGGAGGGAUGCGUCCACUACAAAGUCGUCAAAUAUGAAAGGAUCAAGUUCUUGGUGAUCGCCUUGAAGAACGCGGUGGAGAUCUACGCCUGGGCUCCCAAGCCUUACCAUAAGUUCAUGGCCUUCAAGUCUUUCACAGAGCUGCAACACCGCCCCCUGCUGGUGGACCUGACCGUGGAGGAGGGCCAGAGGUUAAAGGUCAUCUACGGCUCUAACGCCGGUUUCCACGUGGUAGACGUCGACUCGGGAAACCCGUACGACAUCUACAUCCCUUCGCACAUUCAAGGUCAAGUGACGCCGCACGCCAUCGUGGUUCUGCCCAAGACGGACGGCAUGGAGAUGCUGCUGUGCUACGAGGACGAGGGCGUCUACGUCAACACGUACGGACGCAUCACCAAAGAUGUGGUGCUGCAGUGGGGCGAGAUGCCCACCUCUGUCGCCUACAUCCACUCCAAUCAAAUCAUGGGCUGGGGCGAGAAAGCCAUCGAGAUCCGCUCGGUGGAGACGGGACACCUGGACGGCGUCUUCAUGCACAAGCGAGCUCAGCGCUUGAAGUUCCUAUCUGAGAGGAACGACAAGGUGUUCUUUGCGUCGGUGCGUUCCGGAGGCAGCAGCCAAGUCUUCUUCAUGACCCUCAACAGAAGCUCCAUGAUGAACUGGUAA